AUGAGAUCAACAAGCGCAACUUUGCCGUCGUCAGCGGUGCCACGAGGGCCCGUCCCAGACGAAGUCAUUAGUGAGAAGACAGAGGAACUCACACGAGAGCACGUGAAGAAUCUCUCAAAAGAUGACCGACACAUGUCGAUUCAGCUCUUCAUAGAGGAGGCAUCCGUGGUACGCGUUGAGGACGUCGCUGCCAGGAAGCUUCUAGAAGAGAAAUGGCGCUUCGUUGUUCAGGAUGACCAAAGUUUCGAGGUGCCGGACGAGAUCCUGCGUACCCUCCAGGUCAUUGUCGAGGCGAGACCAUUGGAAGAAUUACCCCUACCCGCUGCCUUUAGCAACGAGAUGAUCGGCCCUGUGCAGCCGCCACCCGACCUCGAGUUCAAGGCAACCAAACUCUGGACCAAGAUAUCGCGCACUGAGCUCGCGGCCUUCCAUUCCUACAUGCCCAGAUGGGUAGAUAACCAAGACCACAAGCGGAAGAAGCUCCACUUGCAAAUGCAAGAUUACUACACAAAGUGGAUUACUCUGCGGCACCACGUCGCUGCCCUCGCCCGACAGACUGACACGCACCGCAUGCAGACUACUAUCCGGAACCAGCGCGACCACGCCCGCCGUCAGGAUGACAGGAUCAAGUUGCUAGAGGCCGAGCUGCUGCUCCGCGGAAGGCUGGCUGACGUCCUGUUCGCUCGCGUCAAGGACACGGAUGACUGCGCCCGCACCAGGGAAGCUGGAUUACUGAACGAACUGCAGCAGCAUCGCCACGCAGAGGCGACCCAGCUCAAGAAGGAAGAGAAAUCCCUUGAGAAAGCACAGGAGGUGCUGCAGGGUGGUUCUGAUGACCUGAGCACGUUGGUCGAGGAUGUCGUUACCCUGCGACAGGCGCGCACCCGGCUGAACCUUCAGCAGCAGCCCCCCAAUGUCGACGAUUACCCCCCUUCGCCGCUGAGCAAGGCCGACCUCGUUAGGCUCACGGAACAGGUGAAGAGCAAGCUUGAGGGUGUCGCGGUGGAAAAGUUGCAAGACAUGGCCUUUCGAGCUGGGUAUGCCAAGCGGGAUGCCGAGCUGGUUAACUUCAGGGCUAGCCUGCGUCAUCCUGAGGAAGAGAAGACCAGCGGGCAGUAUGCCUUUACGCAGAAUGACCUGAGACUCGCGAUUGAGCUCAAGCGUAAGGAGAUCCGAGAUGACUUGACAACCCAGAACCACCGCCGGAAGUGGCUUGACGCCGAAGCACAGUUCGCCGUCAGCACCCACAUCGCUAUGGUAGCCACCGCCAACGAUGACGAGUUCCCAAAGUCAAAUUACAAGAUCGUUACCGAUCACGGUCGCUUCACAGAGAACCAGCCGUCUAAGCUCGCCGAUCGCGUAGCCAACUUCGUCUUUGGUCGCGGCCUGCAUCGGGAGCCGACUUCUAGGUGGUAUCAGGUAGAGCGGAUGACUCCCGACUGGUCACUGUUCUCUUUCCGUGCACACCCGCGCAACAUCCAGGAGCGUGAAGGCGGCUACUUCCACCGUCUCGGAGUGCGAUGCGAGCUGCUGAGGCUCGGCACCUCGUGGGUUGCAAUUGGCUUCGAGCAGAACAUGUGGGAUGAUGACGGAGACCGUGCAAAUGGUAGGUGGAUGGAUGACCCAGGCUUUGUCGCUGAAGACGACGAGGAGUGA